CCGCCAUCUUCCCGGAGGAGAGGGCCAGAGGGGUAGCCUCCCGCCCCAUGGUCGCUCCGCAGUCUUACCGUGACCUGCCCUAUCCCUGUCCGUCUCUCUUCUGCUCAGCAGCCACUUAGCUCCUUGUAAAGAGACGCCCUUCCCCCACUGUAGGUACUCACAAGGCAAAGACUCACGUUACCUGUUCCACUCUUAUCAGCGUAAGGAAACCAAGCUCAUAAGAUUGAGAAAACGUUGCUGAAGAUGUCUAAGCAACAACCAACUCAGUUUAUAAAUCCAGAAACUCCUGGCUAUGUCGGAUUUGCGAACCUUCCCAACCAAGUUCACCGAAAAUCAGUGAAAAAAGGUUUCGAAUUCACACUAAUGGUGGUCGGUGAAUCGGGUCUAGGAAAAUCGACUCUCAUUAACAGCCUGUUCCUGACCGAUCUCUACCCAGAAAGAAUCAUACCUGGAGCCGCAGAAAAAAUUGAAAGAACUGUCCAGAUUGAGGCUUCGACUGUAGAGAUUGAAGAGCGAGGGGUCAAGCUGCGCCUGACAGUGGUGGACACACCCGGCUACGGGGACGCCAUCAACUGCAGGGACUGUUUCAAGACCAUCAUCGCCUACAUCGACGAGCAGUUCGAGCGGUACCUGCACGACGAGAGCGGCCUCAACAGGCGGCACAUCGUCGACAACAGGGUGCACUGCUGCUUCUACUUCAUCUCCCCCUUCGGGCACGGACUGAAGCCCUUAGACGUCGCGUUUAUGAAGGCGAUACACAACAAGGUGAACAUCGUGCCCGUCAUCGCCAAGGCCGACACCCUCACGCUGAAGGAGAGGGAGCGCUUGAAGAAGAGGAUUCUGGAUGAAAUUGAAGAACAUAAUAUCAAAAUCUAUCACUUACCUGAUGCUGAAUCCGAUGAAGAUGAGGAUUUUAAAGAGCAGACUAGACUUCUCAAGGCCAGUAUCCCGUUCUCUGUGGUUGGGUCCAAUCAGUUGAUUGAAGCCAAGGGCAAGAAGGUCAGAGGCCGCCUCUACCCCUGGGGCGUCGUGGAGGUGGAGAACCCAGAGCACAACGACUUUCUGAAGCUGCGGACGAUGCUCAUCACCCACAUGCAGGAUCUCCAGGAGGUGACCCAGGACCUGCACUAUGAAAACUUUCGUUCCGAGAGGCUCAAGAGAGGCGGCAGGAAAGUGGACAAUGAGGACAUGAAUAAAGACCAGAUCCUGCUGGAGAAGGAGGCCGAGCUCCGCCGCAUGCAGGAGAUGAUCGCCAGGAUGCAGGCGCAGAUGCAGCUGCAGCUGCAGGGCGGGGAUGGCGACGGCGGGGCUCACGGGCACCGCGUGUAAGAAAACACUUUGCAAGAUAAAGAAAACAUUCCGCCUGAGUAACAGAGCUGCAUGUUUCCGACAGAUUAUCGGAGGGGUGCCCGUCCACAUUUUACAGUACCUGUGCCUGAGAAUUUAAUUUUUUUUAAGCUUUAGACGUAUGGUUUUGUAUGAAGUACUUUUAACAUUUGUAAUUUCGUUGCUAUGUUAUACUUUAUAUUUUGUGAGGUGAACCUUUUGUUUUUAUCUUUCUUCCACCUUAACUAACCCCUAAUGUUGGAACUGAUUUCCAGGAUCAGUCGGUAUGUGUAAUUAACAUUGAAUUUCUUUGGCUGGCCUUAUGGUUGAGGAGCACUCUUGAUUCAUUUCUAGAACAUUCAGAGCGAGCCAGCAGUGUUCCUGGGUGGUGGCAACACAGACCCAGUGAGGAGCUGGUCUGCAGGAGGGCAUUUGGUCACUCAGGUCACCAAGACGGCCUCUUCCUUGCUUUGCUUUGCCUCGAGCACAACCUAAAACCAGUUUUGCUGCUGUAAUUUGACACUGUUGAUCCCUCUGCACGGUUACCUUUCCACCACGUGAAACAAUAGGAUUAUCUCGUGUGACGUGUGCGCACUCGGAAAGCGCCUUUAGAGACAGCCAUUAGGAGCAAAUUUUAAGAACUCUCUGGAUUUUGAUGUUUCGGCAUUUUUUAAACUGCUCUGCAGAGAACCUGCCACGAGCCACAUUUUGUAACGUUCUUCACUGAUCCUGGUUUAUACUCUGGACAGAAAGUGUCCGUGAACUCCAGUUUUGAUAUUACAACGAUGACUCUUAAUCCACACAGAGAGCCAAUAAAUGAUUUUUACUCAACUAACAUAAAAAGUUACUUUGUAAGGAAAAUUAAUCAGUUGAUAUAUUUAGAAACCAGCGUUUUUGUACUGCACUUUAAUGUGUUUUCUGCAACUGCCAGUGUGUAAGAUCUGCCUGAGCAGUGGAAAUCGGGGUCCUCUCAUGGGCUGGCCUCUGAACCCAGAGCUAUCAUGAGCCCUGAGACUCAUGGUCCCAUGAAGCCUCAGUGCCAACGGGUUUUCCUGAUUUGGCUUCCCUUUGUCUCCUUAAAGUUGUUAAUGGUUUUCUGAAAGGAGCCAAAUAGCAGCAGGUCAUUUUUUUUUUUUUUAAUGUGCAGACGGUUGUCCAUUUUCAGCCACUAUCCCUUCCUUCAUUCUGUUUAAUACCAAUUUCCCCGUGUACCGAGUAAGACAGAAAGUCUUUUCCAAUGCGCGCCACGGUCUCACUGGUGGAUGCCACCAGUCAGGUCUGUUUUCUGCACUCUGUGGCCUUGGCCCUUCAUUGCCUCCUAGUGCAUCUCCCUGUCGUGUGCUUUGAGGGGCACUGAUGCUCCAGGCUUGCUGUUUCCAGCAUUCACACUGACAUUGGGAAAGCACUUCCCAGAAAGAGACCUGGAAAGGAGACCUGGAGGGAGCAGGUGCGGCUUCAGUGUUUUCAUUGUGCUGUAACAGAAGGGGCCAAGACGCAGAAAUUGCUUCCUUUGAGGAGAAGAGUGUUUGUUUUGGCCAGACACGACAUGGUGACGAGGUCAAAAUACAUUCACUCCAAAGGUGUACUAUGGGAAAUAAUCGGGUAUUCUCACCAACUUUGCCUUUUUACUGUCGUUUAGUUGUGAGGAGUCACAAGCUAUUAGGUUUAGGUACGUUGUACUGAGUAUUUACCAAGGGAGAGCGUUGAGUGACUUUAGAGCAUGGCUGUGCAAGGCCAAUUAUUUGGGUUAUUUUGGCAUUAACCACACUAGUAAAAGCUGUUUAGAAGGUGGAGCUGGAGGCACACGUGCUGGUGGUCAGUGCAAGCCCCGUGUCUGCUUGGGGACAGCCGCUGGGGCCAGCUGCCGGCGACGAGGUUCUGGGGGCAGGCGGGCCUACACUGCCUCCUUAUCAGCCCCCUCUGUUGUGCUGCCCAAUUCCAAAUAAUACUUUUACUAUAGAUAAUUGCUUUUACUAAGAGAUCAUCUUUACCUAUAGAAAUGUAUUUUGAAAACUUAUUUUACAUAGCAAUUUUGUAUCCAUUGAAACUAACCUUUUAUCAAUAAAGCACUAUUGUUUGGCUAUUAA